GCUGCUUGGCAACACGCAGCCCGAAUGCAGUUUGUUUGGGACUCAUGGAUGAAAUCCGUCCGACAUCACGAAGUAAAGUCACCUACAGUUCAGAAGCGGUGCCGAGGGACCGGACAGUGUUCAGUUCUCAUAAAUAAACUUUAUUCAUCCCGUGAGGUCUGAUGGGACAUUUCGAUGACUCAAACAUCAGGUGCACGGGGACUGAAACAGACAAUAUGUAACAACAGAGGAACACGGGCGGAUAUCUGUGCAUGAUGAAGUGUAACAUCAUGAAUGAACAGAUGUCACUGUAGGCUGCUGAGUCUGGAUCAGAACUGCGCUGUGGAUCAUCUGAAUCAACAUGAGUUGUUUCUGUUCAGUCCAGGAGGAGUUUUACUGUGAGGUUCUGCUCCUGGACGAGACCAAGCUGACGUUGACCUCUCAACAGCAGGAUAUAAAGAAAUCGACCAAAGGUUCAGUUCUGCUGGAUUAUGUGUUCGCUCACGUGAAUCUUGUCGAAACAGAGUAUUUUGGGCUUCGCUAUUGUGACCGCAGUCAUCAGACGUAUUGGCUGGAUCCCUCUAAAAGUCUCUCCGAACACAAAGAUCUGAUAACAACCGGACCUCCGUAUACACUUUAUUUUGGGGUGAAAUUUUACGCUGAAGACCCCUGUAAACUCAAAGAGGAAAUUACGAGGUAUCAGUUCUUUCUGCAGAUUAAACAAGAUGUUCUUCAGGGAAGACUUCCAUGCCCCUUCGAUAUCAGCACCCAACUGGGAGCUCUUGCAAUUCAAUCUGAACUUGGAGAUUACGAUCCAUACAAACACACACCAGGUUACGUGUCGGAAUAUCGUUUUGUCCCGGACCAGAAAGAAGAACACGAGGACGCCAUCGAACAGAUUCAUAAAACUUUAAUGGGUCAGGUGCCUGCUGAGGCUGAGAACAAUUAUUUAGGAAUUGCCAAAACCCUGGAGAUGUACGGGGUCGACCUGCACCCUGUGUUUGGAGAAAAGCAGGAUGAAUAUUUCCUAGGACUGACGCCGGUCGGAGUCGUAGUUUACCAAAACAAAACGCAAGUCGGGAAAUAUUUCUGGCCAAGAAUUACAAAAGUAUAUUUCAAAGAAACACAGUUCGAACUGCGGGUUAUGGGCAGAGAUUGUAACGAAACAUCGUACUUCUUCGAGGUUCCCAGUAAGACGGCGUGCAAGAACCUCUGGAAGUGUUGUGUGGAGCAUCAUACCUUCUUCAGAAUGCCGGAGAAUGAGUCUGCUUCAUUGUCGAGAAAACUAUCAAAGUUCAGCGCUCUGGGCUCAAAACAUCGUUACAGUGGAAAAACUGCAAUGCAGAUCGGAAGAGAGCCGUCGAUAACACUACCUCGACCAGACCUACAGGUGGUCCGGACCCGCAGUAAGACCUUCCCAAAGAGAUGUGCGCAGACGUCUAAUGCAGGGCGGACGAACGGAGGCCAGGCGAUCACAAAGACGGAGAACAUGAGUGAAGGCCUGUCCAGAACAGUCCAGAAACUCUCACCGGCAAAGAGCCCCAAAGUGAAGACGGACAACACAACUGAAGACCGGCAGAACAAACCCAGUGCACCAUGGGAAGAAGAUGCUCCACAGAGCGGACUGUACAACUCGGCCAGCGAGCGGAACAAAUCUCCCAAAUUCCCAAAAGCUCACAGGCGGACGCCGUCAGGAGGCAGCGAGAACGAGGUUUCUCACUCGGCCCGCCGCAGGAGAGGUCGCAGCGCUGAAGACCAGCAGGUCAACAAACAGCACAGGAGAAGGUCCCGUUCCCGUGGAAACACUAGUAGUGGAAGCGAAUCUGAGAAUUCUAACAGGGAGCAGCGUAAAAAAAGAAACCGGUCCCGGCAGGAAAACGAGAUGGUGGACUCCGGGCCACAGUGGGAGGUUGUUCUCCGUAGACAGAAAGAAAAGAACACCAACGAUUCGAACCAACGGCGCUCGCGUCACCGCUCCAGAUCACGGAGUCCCGAUGUGCAAGCUAAGGAACAGCUCUGGAAACACAUACAGAAGGACUUGGUUGAUUCGUCGGGUCUCACGGAGGACCAGUUGAAGGAGAUUCCAUACAAGAAAGUGGAAACACAAGGUGACCCGAUCAAGAUCCGUCAUUCACACUCUCCUCGAAGCUUCCGGCAGUAUCGACGCUCGCACUGUUCCGAUGGAGAGAGAUCUGUGCUCUCAGAGGUCAACAGCUCUCGGACCGAUCUGGUGCCUCCUCUGCCUGUCACCCGAACCGCUGAUGUGCCUGGUUCCAGUUCCACCCCUGCACAGAAGAAAAAGGCCUCGAAAGACGACAUCUCGGAGGGCUCUGAACAGGACACGAGGUCCAGCGCCAAGGUGGUGAAAACCAUACACACUUCUCGAGUGAAAACAGAAACAUGAGUUCCGCAACAGACGCGUCGAGGACGAGCGAACAGAUUGUCAGUGGACCGAGAAGAUCACGCUCAGGGAAACACCCACGGUGGUUUUCACGUGCCGUUUCCAUCUUAACUCACGCUCAAUUCAUGUAUUACCAUAAAAAAUCUGUUUCCUUGCUGUGAGUGAGGCGUGAAGUUCUUGUUGUCCUGAUGUUUCUGUGGAACCGUGUGAGAAACCUAGGAAUAAUAUUCAAAACUGACAAUCGAAUGAAGGAUGAGUUGUCACACACUGCGUCUGAUAAACGCAUCAGACUCUUAUUGAACACAUCUGCGUGCAGUAUUAAAUGUCUGUGAGGUCAAACAGCACGUGAGAAUGAUGGUAAUAGUGUUUCGUAGUAUUAUUAUUAUUCAUAAUGUAGAUUUUAGACUCUGCUGUAGGAAACGUUGCUGCUGUAUGUUUGUUUUGUUUUUGCACAAUAACGUAGCCUGUGAUUUCUGUCUAAAACACUGUAGAUAAACUGGAAAGUCAACUUCUGCAGAAAGUUCUUGUCAAUAAAUACAUUCCAAAGGAA